AUGAGUCGCAUGAUGGGUUUGCUAGAUCUCGAGAAACACUUCGCCUUCUACGGUGCUUAUCACAGCAAUCCGAUCAACAUUCUAAUCCAUAUCAUCUUCGUAUGGCCGAUUGUCUUCUCAUCUUUACUUCUUCUCCAUUCUGCGACCCCGAUUCUCGAUCCUGCUCAAUUGGGGUUUCCUCAAUCGGUGACUCUCGACGGUGUUCUCCGAUUCAAUGUUGGGUUUAUCUUCACCGUGAUUUACGCUCUGUUCUACAUCUGUUUGGAUAAAAAAUCUGGAUUUGUUGCGGCUCUCAUGUGUUUCUCUUGCUGGGUCGGUUCCAGUUUUCUCGCUGCUCGAUUAGGAGCUUCUCUAGCCUUAAAGGUUGGGUUAGUAUCUCAGCUGAUAUGUUGGACCGGUCAAUUCCUUGGCCAUGGCUUGUUCGAGAAACGAGCACCUGCGCUAUUAGACAAUCUAGUCCAAGCUUUUCUCAUGGCUCCUUUCUUCGUGUUACUCGAGGUUCUUCAAUCGGUUUUCGGGUACGAACCAUAUUCCGGCUUUCAAGCGCGUGUGAAUGCCAAGGUAGAAAGUGAUAUAAAGGAAUGGAGAGAAAAGAAGCAAAAGAAGAACAAGAUCACCUAA